AUGUCCACUGCCGUCUACUACACCCACAACAUGCACGGCGAUGAUUUACAAUCCACAAGACACACCUUACCUUCGCUUUCACAGAUUAUGCCCCCAGUCCAACAGCAGCAGCAACAGCAGCAACAAGCACAACAGCAGUCUGAGGCUUCUUCAACCUCGCCCAACUUGAAUGCUUUUUCGAACGGGUUUUACCCCCCUCAACAGUCGCAAUAUCAAGCUACUGGUGCUCAACUGAGUUAUCCGCAAGACCCAUUCUCUAUUGAUUCAACGGCACAAACCACUCCUACAUCUAACUACAAUCCUUACGAACAAACUCAUAAUCAUCAUCAACAACAUCAUCAUCAACAACAACAGCAGCAGCAAUCACUUGGGACCUCGCCAGUUUCUUCUUCUUCUUCCUCGGCAUCUUUAUCGGUAGCAGCUAGUAUCGCUGCUCAAGACUCAGACGCACCGCAAUGUAUAUGUAAAGUCAACCCAAACAAAAUCCCACGUCCAAGAAAUGCUUUUAUUUUGUUUAGACAGAAAUUCCACCAAUUGGUGUUGGAUGAAGGCACUGUGAUUAGAACCAACCCUGAAGUCUCGAGAGAAUUGGGACGUAGAUGGAGGGCAUUACUGCCCGAGGAAAAAGAUCACUGGAACACCCUCGCUGAAGAAGAAAAGAAGAACCACGCUAAAAAAUAUCCAGGAUACAAAUACAUGCCAAGACGCAAUGGUAAGAAUAAGAAUUGUCUUGUAUGUAAGGACAAGCCAUCGGCCAAAGAACUUGCUAGAGCUCAACAGCAACAGCAGCAGCAAGUACAACAGCAGCAACAGGUGCAACAACAAGCACAACAACAGGUGCAGCAGGCUCACCAACAACAGUUUGAAGCUGCUGCUGUUCUUCAACAACAGCAACAACAAAGUCUUCAUUAUGACCAUCAGCAACGCCAUCAUUCCGAUGCCGCUUUAUAUCAACCACAGCCACAUCAGCAGCAAGUCCAUUUGCAACAAGAGCAAUACCUGAAUAUAUUCAAGCUACAACAACAACAGCAAUAUCAACAGCAUUUGGCGCAAGGUCAACAAAUCCAGCCUUCGCAAGCUGCUAACGCGUAUCAAGGCUACAUCAUCACUAACCCAUACAUGAUUCCUCACAACGCUUCCACCACCUCAUUAACAUCUACUACUACUUCCGCUAAUCUGUUGGCCAGCUUACCUUUACCUUCCAAUUCCAUAACUAGUGCUUAUUCAUUACAGCCCAACUCUGCAACAACGUCGCAAAGCGGCGCCAGCUCAUUAUACAGCGAUGCCGUGGCUAGUGCCGCAGGCAAAGUCUCGCCUUUAGCUCACCCAAUCCACCCCCCCUCCAACCAUUUUGCCUCGUCGUUGCCCGUCAUUGCAUCGUCUUCAUCAUCAACAUCGUCGAUAUCGCAUUAUCAUCAAGAUCAGCAUCCUGCUGGAUCAGGUGCUGCUAACACUGGCGACGGCAGCGGCUUGCAUUCAAAUUUUGAAAACGGAAGAAGUGGUUACGUUUCUGCUGCUGCUGGUAGUGUUAGCGGACAAGGCCACGCAUCAUCAGCAUCAACUGCAAACAACGGACAUGCCUCGGCUUAUGGAUUCGAUGGCUUUUCGCAGCAUCACUAA